UCGCUCGCACGUAAUUAUAUUAUUAUAUUGCUGUCGCGACCAGACUAUAGCUUUGACGCUAUGUAUAUGUUAUAAAAACUAAUGUGCAUGGAAUUUAAUAAUAUCGAUACUAUUCGAAAUUUUUGACAUGUCUAGUUAGUUUGACAACUGGUUGCCUGCUUCUUCUGCGUGAUUUGUGCGCGAUUUGUUGCUAUUUUGCAAGUGAAUCUGAGUGAAUCCAGUGAUUUGAUUUUGGAAGAAAUGUUCAUAAAAUUUACUCAUUAUUAACAAUUAACAAUGGCUCAGCAAAGUGAAAAUCUGGAUUUCUCUGGUUUAUUUAAAUUGGAUGUUUUGGUCCAUCUUGAUAUUGUAAAUUAUAGUUUCUACGAAGUGGGUCUGAAGAAGUUCCUAGCAUUUUCUAGUGAUAAAGAAUUGUUGUUCUUCUACAUCAAUCCUCAGACAGAAAGAUUUGAACGAAAUUAUGAUUGGGAUUUCGUCGACAAUCCUAUUUAUUGCAUGUGCUUUGAGCCAAGUGGCACUUGGGUUCUCAUUUUAAGUGAACAAAAAGUACUCCUAGUACCAUUUCUUCCUUUAUUCAUCCCGCAAAAUACUUUCGAUCAUAAAUGGUCUCUAUCAAGUGUCACUGUUCUUCCGAUCGCAAAUAUACAGAAGCCAUCCUCUGUUGUGUGGUGGCUUACAAAAGAGUCUGAAAAUAUACUAAUAAUUGGAUCUAAGACAGGAACAAUCACAUUUUAUUCAUUGGAAUCUCAAACAAUAGUUGGAGAAUGUAAAGUUUCGGGGGAAAUAAUUGACUUGCAAAUGUGUUUUGAUGACUCCCUCGAUUUGUUGGCACUGUUGAUAUCAAGAAAUAAAGCACAGCAAUGGAAGCUUGUCUUAGAGCACAGGUCUUAUGGCUACAACUGGCUACAGCAGACUAGAAUACAAACUGACAAAGAGAAGAAAGAUGGCUUCAUGUCCUAUAUAAAACAGUUGUCCAAAGAUAAAAUAACUUUAUUCAUACAGGGUGGUUCAAAAGAUGACAGUAAAUCUCAGAGUGUGGAAUAUGUCCUGAAGCCUGUUGAGUACUUACCAUUAUUUCGCAAGGGCUCUAAUAAUUGGGCACUGUCAGCCCAGUAUGUCAAUGGAAGACAUUUUCUGACUGCUUUCGAGUUAAAUGAGGGGACUUUAAUUCUUGAAAGUCCUGAAGACGAAACACCAUCUAGAACUUUGCGACCUAAAAUCAAGAAAGAUGGCUUGUAUAUUCAAGGACUUUGGUCCCAGAGACUCAUUUAUUUAAUGAGAAAAAAUGAAUUGGAAGUGCACAGUGCCAACUUUUCUGUGAUACAGGGUGAAGGUUUGCUAGGUGCGAAGCGGGAAUUCUCCGAGCUCUGGUCGGCUGAGCUGAUAGGGGAUGUGCGGCGAGCGCACCUGAUGUCUGCCAAGGAGCCGGCUGCGGGUAGCAGUGGUUGGCGCGAGCCCACCUUCCUCUGUGACUUGCAACUGCCGCGGUUCAGCGUGGAGCCCUGCCUCGUCGUUACGAAUUGUGGCGCGUAUAUUCUGAACACUGUAUGCGAGCCGUGCGAAUGGUUGGUGGGUCUGAUAAUGCGUGGGGGCACCGGCGCUGAGCAGUCCGCGGCGGCGCUGGGCGCGCCCGUGGCCACGUUGUUACGCGCCGCCGCUGAUAUGCUCAUGUCGCGCGGGAAAGUGGCGCCCGCGCAGUACUUGUACUCGCUUUCGCAGAGCCAGCCAGACGGCUGGGUGGCGCGCCUAGGAACCUUCGGGCGUCUGCAGGAGCUGGCUUUAUGGCGAAUUAGCUCGGGCGCUCUGGGCUGCGCCGCCGUGGCCGUCAAGCUGCUAGCUUCGCUGCUGCAGUGCGCCACCCGAGAUGAAGCCAUCUUCGACCCGAGCGUAAAGUUCACGUCACUCAGCACAUUGGAACUCUCUGAACUAUCAUCCAUAGCCGCUUCCAUCGGCUUAUGGGAUCUAGUACCCAUAUUCAGCGUGCACCGAGGACAACCCAACCUAAUGGUGACCGCGCUAAAGGCCCGCAGCGAACUGUGUAGAGGCGCCUUAGACUGCUUGCUUGGACAGAGAUGCCUUGUUCCGUUGCUGUUGGAAGAAAACGCACAGUGGCUGUUUGACUUCCUGAUUGAAAAGUGCAACAAGUUUGACACGAAGAUUUUGAAGCGCAUCUGUUUAUGGUUGAAUCCGUUACAAGACCAGCUGCGUCCAGUGAUCCGUGAUAUGAAGCAAGGAAUUAGUUCCAUUUAUACAACCAGAAUGCUGUAUCUAAUAGCGACAUUCAUGCACGUGGCCUCUGCUAUCGAGUCUCGGCACCCCUGCCCUGAUAUUCACUUAGCAAUCACCCAGACCGCUGAGACUUGGAAGCACCAGUUUGUUCCCCGAAGGGCCGUCAGCAGCGGCUUAGCCCAUUGGGCGGUGGUGGAUGAUGGCAAUGCCAAGGUGAUGAUGACGAAUACGCCGGUGAAUACGGAGUUAAUCGGGAGGGUGAUCGAUGUGGCUUGCGGCAGACAUCACACGCUGGUGUUAACUGAGAACGGCAUAUACUCAGCAGGGGAGAACUCCUUCGGUCAACUAGGCGUGGGCUCGGCUUGGGCGGGCGCCGUGGGUGACGCUGCAAGUUCCGCUGGGGCGUUAAUGCACGUGCCGUAUGAAUGGACGGCACCCCUGAUAUCAGUGGCCGCUGGGCACUACCAUUCCGCUGCUAUUGAUGCAGGAGGCAGACUUUAUAUGUGGGGAUGGGGCGUUCACGGCCAACUCGGUCUCGGUAGCAUUGACGAUGAAUGGAGCCCUAAGAUGGUAACCAGAUUUCAAGGGAGAAAGGUUCUUAUCGUCGGUUGUGGAGCCUGUCAUACGGUGAUGUUGAUGCGUAACGGCGAAGUUUGGGCGUGCGGCGCGGCCGUGUUUGGGCAACUGGGUUCGGGCAACCGGGAGAAGAGCUCCGUGCCGGUCCGAAUUACGUUCCCUGAUGCUAUUGACGCUAUAGCGGUUGGAUACUUCCAUAACUUGGCGUUAUCGUGCAAAGGGCAGCUAUAUACGUGGGGAGCGAGCCCGCAGCAGGUGCGAGCGGCGCACGCGCGUCGCCAGGCCUCGCCGGCCCCCGACCCGCCGCGCGACCCGCACCUACUACCCGCGGUCGUGGAUACUGCCACUGUGCAAGGACACAUCGUGCGGUUGGCGGCAGGCUGGCAUCACUCAUGUAUUAUGAACAAUUUCGGCACUCUGUACUCUUGGGGCUUAAAUUUCGAUGGACAAUUAGGCAGUGGCGACCGUAAACAGGUGAACGUGCCGACUGAAGUGAAAAUUCUCAAUGAAAAUCAAACAGUUAAAAACGGCAGCUCCAAAACGCCCGACAUUGAGAACAAAGACUUCAAAACUAAGGCGUUGAUGGCUUGCGGCGGGGAUUUCACCAUAUACAUAGACGAAGAAGGUCGAAUAUACGCGACAGGAAAUACUCAUUUGCAAAUAAACAAUGAAAAAGAAAAAGGUACUAACCGCGUGAUAAUGAUGAAAACCACAAAACGCGUCAUCAAAAUACCCGCAAGCCGCAGCAACAACAAGUUCAUCUUCCAGCCCAUCGAUAGGAUCGACAUCAUGUUUCCUUUCGACCUCGAGGACUCGAAAAGAAAACCUAUCGAACCUCGGCAAAACCCACUUCGAUGCAUGAACGAUUUCAAGAAGAAGUCUUGGGCUGACGACAUAAUACUCCUCCUCAAACCUUGGAUCAACGACGAAACGUUGAACGGGAAUCUCAACAUGGCUGCCAAACUGGCUUAUCACAAUAAUAUUUACUCAGACUGUUUGUCUAUGCUCCUAGACGAUCUGAAAACGACGCCCCAAGACGACUGCCUCUAUCUUACUCACACUGAAGUUUUAGAUGAACAAGAAUUAGAUAAAGAUUCGUCACGAAAGAGAGACGAACUCAAGAUUAUCGUAACAAAUGUUAUGUCAAAGCGAAUCAAAGAAGUUUCAUUGACUAUUUUGAACGAGGAGCCUUAUCCUGAAAUAGAUCAGGCGGUCUGUCAGUCUUUGCCUUGUUGUUGCGAUGAACUCAAAUAUUUGCCCAAAGCUGUGACAAGAAGUUCCGUUAUGAACGUUGAACGAAACCUUUCUAUUCAAGCGGCAAAUAUAGUAGACAAAUGCAUGAGCAUUUUCCCAAUCGAUACUCAGCUGUGGGAAACAUGUUUCAGGAAUGCGAAGAAUUUUUUUAUAGACAACAACUUGUCUAUUCCAGAUUUGGAAUCAGUGCUGAAGAAAUAUAUGGAAUCUGAUGCCACUACUAUGGCAGCAGCUAUAAUGUACUCAAACGAUUGUGACCAGUACAGCGAGAUACUCUCGCCGAAGUUUUACUUGAACAUGUGCAGUCAAGUCCUGGACACUUGGGGUUGAAGUCACGAGUGUUCAGUGAAUGGAAAAGAAAUUUGAACCUUCGGGUUUUAAUCCAGUAUUGAUCAUUAUUAUAGAAAGCUAUUUUUGCAUAUUUAUGACAUAUCUUAACGAGGGAAAGCAAAGUGAAAGAAAUUGAAAUGUGUGUUAUUGCACAAAAUAGAUGAACGUUGAAAAUGUCGGAUUCAAUUCUGAAAACGGCGCCAGUAAAGCAGGGAUACACGUAGACUCUAAUAUUAUCGUAUUAAAACUCUUGCCUUGAUUAACAAUGCUCAUAGGUCUUUUGCUUUAGUAUUAUACUUUGUAGCUAGUUGCAAUUUUUUGUCUCAUUUACUAGUUGUGUAAAUCUUUGUUGUGAAUUCAUUGUUAGUGUUAUAUUUUUACAUACCCCAAUUUAUUUAAUACUGAUGUAGUCAAUGUCCAUUGUUUUUAUGUAUAAGCUAUUAUGAAUUUAACCAUUGUUGUGACUCAUCAAGUAUACUAAAUACAUGUGUUCUCUCUUGCAUCUAGUCAUAGUUAUAGAAUUUUUUGAGAUUUUUAUGUUGGCUUUAUCAACCUGUUAUUUUCUUAAUACCCAAUAACUAUUAUACCUGUAAUCAAAUUAAAUCAAUUAUUAUGCAUCCAUAUACCUUCUUUUCAUUUCUAAUAAAACAAUCAAUAUUUAAACAAAGUAAGUUUUUUAUAUAAUUGUAUUUCUGUAUAACUAUUUACAAAAGAAAAUAAAUACACCAAUAUACACAACAUUUACUCGCAGUAAAUGCAGGCGGUUUUGGUUACUCUCAACAAAACGGAAUGAGUCAGCUCAAAAACAAG